AUGGCUCCAGGUAAGAAAGUCGCUCCAGCUCCAUUGGCUUCCAAGGCCGGCAAGGCCGGUAAGGCCAAGAACCCAUUGACCAACUCUACCCCAAAGAGUUUCGGUAUCGGCCAGGACAUCCAGCCAAAGAGAAACUUGUCUAGAUACGUCAAGUGGCCAGAGUACGUCAGACUGCAGAGACAAAAGAAGAUCUUGUCCAUCAGAUUGAAGGUCCCUCCUGCCAUUGCCCAGUUCCAACACACUCUGGACAGAAACACCGCUUCUGAGACUUUCAAGCUCUUCAACAAGUACAGACCUGAGACUGCUGCUGAGAAGAAGGAGAGAUUGACCAAGGAGGCUGCUGCCAUCGCUGAGGGUAAGACCAGACAGGAGGCUUCUCCAAAGCCUUACGUCGUCAAGUUCGGUUUGAACCACGUCGUCUCUCUGGUUGAGAACAAGAAGGCCAAGUUGGUUUUGAUCGCCAACGACGUCGACCCAAUUGAGUUGGUCGUCUUCCUACCAGCUUUGUGUAAGAAGAUGGGUGUCCCAUACGCCAUUGUCAAGGGCAAGGCUAGAUUGGGUACUUUGGUCAACCAGAAGACCUCCGCCGUCGCUGCUUUGACUGAGGUCAGAGAGGAGGACGAGUCCGCUUUGGCUAAGUUGGUUUCCACCGUUAACGCCAACUACUUGGAGAAGUACGAGGAGACCAAGAAGCACUGGGGUGGUGGUAUCGUCGGCCAGAAGGCUCAGGCCAAGAAGGACCAGAGAGCCAAGGCUUCCGAGGCCAACUAA